AUGGUUGUCGACUUAUUCUUCGAAAACAGUGGUGACCCUGGCAAAGACGACCGUGUUCUAAAUGGAAGAGACCGUUUAAGAUAUCCCGCUAUGUGUCCUAGUGACUUGGAGCACGACGACGAUAGAGUUCGGAGUUCAAAACAGGUAGGCCUGCCGUCUGAAGAUCAGAAAGAACUUCCCGGAGGAGAGCAGAGGUUGGUUCAUUUGGCUGUCAGCGAGAAGUGGCUGAGAAUCAAAGCUUGCAACUGGAAUGCGAGUCGAAAAAGCGCCGAGAGGGCCAGCGAAAGCAGCGGUCAAAGCCAAAGCUAA